AUGUCUGACGCGGAUCUCGAGGAGAUUCGACGCGCGCGUCUCCAGCAGCUGCGCCAACAAGGCGGAAGUAGCGGAGGAGCAGGCGGAGGAGAAGGCUCAGAGCAGGAUGCGCAAAGGCAAGCCAGCCCACCCACUCACACGACCCACACUAACACAUUCCAUGCAGACAGCGCGAAGCGCGCCAGCAUCCUAACCCAGAUCCUGACCCCCGACGCCGCCGACCGCCUCGGCCGCAUCCGCCUGGUGAAAGAGUCGCGCGCCACCGACAUCGAGAACCGGCUCAUCAUGCUGGCGCGCACCGGCCAGAUCCGCCAGAAGGUGAGCGAGGAGCAGCUCAAGGAGCUGCUGGGCGCCGUGGCCGAGCAGAGCGAGAAGGAGGAGAGCAAGAUUGUGAUCAACAGGCGGGGCGGCGGCGGCGCCUGGGACGACGACGAUUUGGAUGACUUGCUCAAGGAUGUGUGA